AGUCGACACGUGCGCCAUCAAUCAAGAUGGUGCUCACCAAAUACACCCAUGUCUUCGUCAUCGGCACUUUCUUUGCCAUGCUCGAUGCUUUCAACAACGGCGCAAACGAUGUAGCAAACGCCUGGGCAACCAGUGUCUCUUCGAGAUCCAUCUCGUACCGACAGGCCAUGAUAUUCGGCACCAUAUUUGAGAUGCUUGGAGCCAUCACCGUUGGUGCAAGAACGGCUGACACCAUCAAGAACGGCAUCAUUCCUGUCUCCGCCUUCAAGGGCAAUGCGAGCGUCCAGAUGCUUGCGUUCACGUGUGCGCUCGCAGCUGCGUCUUCUUGGGUCAUGUGGUGCACACGACACUCUGCUCACGUCUCUUCCACCUACUCGCUUAUUUCGGCCGUCGCAGGUGUCGGUGUUGCGACUGUGGGCGUCCGUAAGGUCCAAUGGGGCUGGAACAAGGGUAAGGGACUUGGUGCUAUCUUCGCGGGCCUAGGCAUGGCUCCCACCAUUUCCGCCGGCUUUGCUGCAAUUAUCUUCAUGCUUAUUAAGCUUGUCGUGCACAUGCGCAAGAAGCCUACAAAAUGGGCCGUCUACACCUCGCCCUUCUUUUUCCUCAUUGCGGGUACGAUUUGCACACUAUCCAUUGUCUACAAGGGAUCUCCUAAGCUUGGCCUAAACAAGAAGCCCAUCUGGUAUAUUGUCUCGGUUACCAUGGGGACAGGAGCUGGUCUCGCCCUCCUUUCGGCACUCUUCUUCGUUCCCUACGUCCACGCAAAGGUUCUCAAGAAAGACCACUCCGUUAAGUGGUGGAUGUUUAUUCAGGGCCCUCUGCUCUUCAGGCGCCCAGCGCCUGCCGAAGCUGACGUAGCAGAUGUUCCCAACUAUGCCGUCGUCCAGGAGGAUGAGGUCGAUAGUGAAUCUGAUCUCGGCAAGGCCGAGUCGGGCACAGACAGCCCUGCCGAGCUCAACGAGAAGAGCCUUGUUGCGGUUGAGGCAAAAGGGCUCACGUAUAAAGAGCGCUUGGCUCAUGGUCAAAGGAAGCUUCAUGAAAAACUCGAGAAGAAACGCGGUCCACUCGGCUGGGCAAUGCGUACCCUUCGCGACAACCCAAUGGGCGCUGGCCAGAUCUACGAGCUUCACAACAUGAAGAUCCUCGCAAAGCGCAUUCCCGCCAUGAUCGUCUGCGGUGCUCUCUAUGGUCUCCACUAUGACAUCCACGCCGCACAGACAGGUAUCGCUGGCACCCCAGAGGGCGAACGCAUGGCGCGCGUGUACGCACACGCAGAGAAAUACCCCAACGAGGUUGAGCACACAUACUCGUUCGUCCAGAUUCUCACCGCCUGUACUGCUUCCUUUGCGCAUGGUGCCAAUGAUAUUGGAAACUCCGUCGGACCCUGGGCAGUCAUCUACUCCGCAUGGCACACGGGUAACGCCGCUGCUUCCAAGGCUCCUGUUCCCCUGUGGCAGCUCGCUGUCCUCUCUUUGAUGAUCUCUCUAGGUCUUAUUACCUAUGGGUACAAUAUUAUGAAGGUUAUGGGCAACAAGAUCACGUACCACUCGCCAAGCAGAGGUUGCUCCAUGGAGAUGGGCGCCGCCGUCACGGUCCUCGUCUUCUCGCAAUACUCCCUUCCCGUAUCUACCUCCAUGUGCAUCACUGGCGCUACUGUCGGUGUUGGCCUCUGCAACGGUACAUUGAAGGCCGUCAACUUCCAGCGAGUCGGCCUCCUCCUCCUUUCGUGGAUCGCCACCAUCCCUAUCGCUGGCACUCUUGGAGGUGUACUCAUGGCUCUAUUCCUGCGAUCCCCUCACUUUUGA